AGAUAAUUCUUUCGUAAUAAAUAAAAGUAAUUACCAUCAUCAUCAAAUUUCAUUUGAUUUUAAAAACCAAGACUUUAAUCACACAGUUUUUACUCUGUGUUCGGUUUCGAAAUAUUUGUGUUCGACAAAUUCGAGAAUGUUAGAGGAUAAUCUUCCCUCGAAAGCUGAAGACAAAAGAUCUUUAUUUUACUCUGCAACUGCCAUAAGUGAUGAUGAAUUAAAUCAGAAAGGAGGUAAAUGGUUAUUGUUUGUUAAUAACGAUCUGAGAGAAUUGGAUCGGAGAUGGGUUGCAUUGCAAAAUUUAUGCAAAAAUGGAAUUCUAGCUGCAAUUAAAUCGUCCACCAUAGUCUGUGAGGUUCCUCAUGUAACUAUGUGCUUUACUACUGAUUCUAACAAUCAAGAAGAGGUUAAAUACGCAGCAGAUAAAAUCAGAAUAUUAGUAGACUAUAAAUUUUCAAUGUUUUAUAAGGCUUCUAAAUUAUCUACGGGUCUAAAUGGAGAAUUGGAGGAAAAGGAAAUGUACUUGUAUGAGCACACAGUGAACGGAGAGUUCUUCAAAAUAGAAAUGGAUCGCUUAAAGCCUUCAAUGGUAUUUUGGAAACCUAACAUUUCAUUUUACAUAGGUAAUUUAAAUGGUCAUUUAUUCGAGAAAUAAUUUCUCUAUUUUUGUUUUUUGUAAUAAAUCAGGUGAACUCAGGAAAAAGCAUAAGCAGCUGUUAACGCAGGAGUGGGUUGAAUAUUGUGUUUAAUAGCACCAAACUGAAAAUCAUGGCAUUCUGUCUCAAACAAAAGCAACUAUAACAAUUAUAAUGUAAUGAAAAUAAUUGGUGUAAUAAACUAUGUCUGACUUAAAGAUCGAGUGAAAAGAAAUCAAACAAAGAGCACUGGGAUGCAGCAUGGUUAUGAAAUUCAUAUAUAUCUGCAGAAAACAAUCAUUGUUUAACUAGAGAAGGAGAAAUUUUGUCCUAAUUGUCCUAAUACUUAAUGUAUAUACCGAAGAGCCACUACAUUAUGACCACCCUG